ACGGAAGUGACGACACCGGAAGCGCAGUCUUGUUUACGUCUCUUCCCUGUCUGCUGUAUAUAGGAAGUCAGGACAAGAUGGUUUGUGAGAACUGUGAGAAGAAGUUGGGCACAGUCAUCACUCCAGAUACAUGGAAGGCAGGGGCCAGGAAUACCACAGAAAGCGGUGGCCGGAAGCUGAACGAAAAUAAAGCACUGACAGCAAAGAAAGCGAGGUUUGACCCGUAUGGUAAAAAUCGGUUUGCAAUAUGUCGUAUCUGCAAAAGUUCAGUUCAUCAGGCAGGAUCUCACUAUUGCCAAGGUUGUGCUUAUAAAAAGGGGAUCUGUGCAAUGUGCGGAAAGAAAGUCCUGGAUACGAAAAAUUAUAAGCAGACCUCCGUGUAAAGCUGUAAGGACCGUAUCAUGGGGACUUUGUCCAGAUUUAAAGAGAACUGUGUAUCAUUCGUGUAAAUAUUACACCUCACUUUUUAUUUCCUUUAAAGGGGUACUCCGCUGCUCAGCGUUUGGAACAAACUGUUCCGAACGCUGGCGCUCGUGACGUCAUAGUC